AUGACCAUAACGAAUCCUGGUUCCUUUCCCGGCUUGGAAAACAUCGAAUAUCAUGGUAUUGGCAUGAGCUCGGAGGUCAACGUACUUGGCUUCUGCCGCGACGGAUCAAGAUCACCCGACGGAUCCAGUAUCAGCUUAGAACCGAGGAUAGAGGAGAAGAAUCUGUUCCGCUCAGAAAUUGAGCUCCCAAAACAAGCUUUCCGUCGGUCAUCCGCUCCAUCUCCUGAGUCCGUGGUGGAUGUCAAUGGAAGCACUGCCAGCAGCACAAACUUGCAGCAUGACGAGACCAGACGAGUAGCGCGGUCGCGGCCUGCAACCCCAGCAACGCCCGAGGCUUCAUCGUCUGAUAGCUUGGCGACAAGAACACCACCAAUCGCUGGGCCAUUGGAAUCGUACUUGGCAUGCCCUCAAUCGCAUGAGAGACGUGCGCUUUGGCUGCCACCUAACAACGAUGACGAUCGAGAGCGAGACGCGAACUCUUCCAAUUGCGGAUCGGUAACUCUUGGGAAGAGAAGAGUCCCUGGAGUGUACGAACAGAUCAAACGCAGCACGUCGCCUUUUGGGACCACCGGAGGCGCUGACGAUGCUACAGCGGAACAGCCAUUGACGCAUUACCUGUCCUCAGUCCAUCCCCACGAAGUACUGGCGUAUCACAUGUGGGAGCUUGCUUCGAAAGAAAACGAGCGAGACCCAAGCUUCGAGUUGGGUGUGCCCAGACUAUCGGAGAAUGCGGUACUGGCUUCGAAUUCGCCCAUAUCUCCGGAGGCCAGCAGCCAUAGGGAAGUCGAUAUCCCAGCAGCAACUGCAGUGCCGUCGCCCGCAGCAUCCGUACCACAAGGCCCCAUCGAGGUGGGAUAUGAACGUCGUGGUUCGGACUCAGCCAUAUCAGACCUGGAGACUGAAGAACUGUACCAGCUUUUGUGA